AACAGUGGCAACAACCCUACUUUGAGUAACUCAAUCGAAACAACUUGGCUUGGAGUGCGCUGCACAAAAACAACAAAACAGGAGCGCUAAAAUGGGUGAUGUUGACAAAUGGAUUGAGAUUGUGAAGGAGUGCAAGUAUUUGCCCGAAAAUGAAUUAAAGAAACUCUGUGAUAUGGUCUGUGACAUACUAUUGGAGGAGACAAACAUACAGCCAGUGAGCACGCCCGUCACAGUAUGUGGCGACAUACACGGCCAGUUCUAUGAUCUGGAGCAGCUGUUUCGAACCGGCGGCCCAGUGCCCGACACGAACUAUAUAUUCAUGGGCGAUUUUGUUGAUCGGGGCUAUUAUAGCUUGGAAACAUUCACCAGACUGCUGACACUCAAGGCGCGAUAUCCAAGUCGGAUUACGUUACUGCGGGGCAACCAUGAAACGCGUCAGAUAACAAAAGUCUACGGUUUCUUCGAUGAGUGCUUCAGCAAGUAUGGCAAUGCGAAUGGCUGGAAAUAUUGUUGCAAGGUCUUCGAUCUGCUCACAAUUGCUGCGAUCAUUGACGAAGAAGUGCUUUGCGUCCACGGCGGCUUAAGCCCUGAGAUUAUAACCUUAGAUCAAAUACGGACAAUCGAGCGCAAUGGCGAGAUACCCUAUAAGGGUGCCUUCUGUGAUCUGGUCUGGUCCGACCCGGAGGACAUGGAAUACUGGGGCCAGAGUCCGCGUGGUGCCGGCUGGUUAUUUGGACAUAAUGUGACCAAGGACUUUAUGACCAUCAAUAAUCUGGAUUUAAUAUGUCGAGCACAUCAGCUGGUCAACGAGGGCAUCAAAUACAUGUUUGAGGGCAAACUGGUUACCGUGUGGUCAGCGCCCAACUAUUGUUAUCGCUGCGGCAAUGUGGCGGCAAUUCUCAGCUUUGAUACGGCGCAAGAGCGUCAAACAAAGAUAUUCCUAGCCGUUCCCGAUUCGGAGCGUGUCAUACCAAAACAGAAUACGACGCCUUAUUUCUUGUAAACACUCAAGCACGCCAUCCAUGGAUCAGCCCGACCAAAACAACAAAUCAAUCAAUCAAUCAUAAUGUAAAAAUACAGCACACAUAACCAACGAAUCGCCCCUGGCAGCCAGAGUUAUCCAAUUGACCAAAAUCGUAAAUUCAAUAGCAGCCCACACACUCACUUUCUCACUCUCACACACACUUGGAAGCUUCAAUCUUCUGCGCAUGGAAUUGUAUUCAUAAUUAUGCUCAAAACAAUGAGAAACCUUGUAUUUUGUUCCCGACGUCAGUUGUCGCCUUAUAUUUUUCUUUAUUUUUCCUAUCUUUUUUUUUUUGCGUGUAUUGCAAUAUUAUUUACAAUAUUUGUUUACUUUUGUACUAAUUGUAUAUUAAAUCAAAUGUGUGGCACAAAGCAAAACAACAAUUUGUUCCCCGAUCAUAAGGAAUUUAUUAAAACAAAAGACAACAUGUAAUUGCAGUGUUUUCUUCCCAGCUUUCAAUGUCUGCAAGUUGCUAAAAACACAGUUGAACUUCUCUGUAAGCUUCAUUAUUACGUCCUAAUCAAUAAUUCUUAAAGGUACAAUUAAACUAGCU